AUGUGUGAGAGAAAAUUGGUGCAAAAUUUGCCUUAUGUCAAGAAAUUGAUCUUGGGAUGGUUUGAGCCGUUGAGGGCAGCUAUUGAGAAGGAACAAAAGUCCAAGAGGUCAAAGAAACAAAAGACAGCUUCUUCCACUUUUAUUGAUGCUUUGCCCGCAGAUAAAAUGGCUGUCAUUGUGAUGCAUAAGAUAAUGGGGCUGUUGAUGAUGCGGGGAAACGAAGAUUAUUUCUCUGAUAUUAGCAAUCUCACUAGAAAAUGUAUUGUAGAUGAAAGUCAAGGAAUUUCAAUUGGGAUGCCAUCUGAUAGAGCUAUUAACACAUACUGCUUAUGUGCAAACCUCCAGUCAAUCAGUCAGCCAAUAGCCCCCCUGAUGUUCGAACUGCAUUUAGGCACCUCUUCAAAAUUGCAACCAGAGAACCCGGGUGAGAAUUUUUCUACGUUAGGGAGUUCAUCCUUGAAGAACUUCACUCUUGUGCCUUGUUAUCAUGAACCUUGUGAAGAGGUAUGGGUCAUAGAAUGCGAUCCUCUGGUCCUUGCUGGGCUUGAUGGAACUGCUCUGGAUGCUUUAGGUAACACCAAAUGGAGAGUGAAUAAACGUAUACUAGGUGUGGUGGAGACCGUUUGGGCUGGAGGUGGCAACAUUGCUGGCCUGGUAAAUCGUGAAGAUGUUUCAAUACCUGAGUUUCUCUUGGAUGAUUUGAAAGAAGUGAAAGAAUUGAAAUGGAGUGUGAGAAAGGUAAAGAAAAUUAAUGAAGAGAGGCAUCCUCAAAUAUGUGACAUGGAGCUCAAGCUUUCUAUAAGAUAA